AUUCAAGGUCGUCACAUUUUCAAACACCAAGUUUACUGGUGACUAGGUUUUUUGAUUGCCAGCACUUCGCAGCCGUAUGCUCGACCGAAUCAAGCUCGAGGCUAGGCAGUUGUCGUUAGUGCCAUGGAAAGCCAUUCGUUACGUUCUGUUAUUUUUCUUCGUAGAGGCCAUCACGCUCGUAUACGGCGUGAUAAUCUUCUUCUUACUGUAUCACGUUUUCAUUCCUACCGUAAAAUUGGAGAGAAAUUUGGACUUGGUGUUUGAGUACGUUGUCUUCUUAAUUUGCGAUUUUAAUGUCUUAGUACAAAUUGCAACGUUCAGAUGGAGUAUUCCAAUGUGUGCAGCUUUCCUAGUGCUAAUUUUUCGAUUUCAGAAGGUGGAGUGUCCUUAUUAACUCCUAAAUACCCUUACAUGAUCAUAUUGGAAAUGUGGUUGCCAGAUUCUUUUCAAAAUCGAAUUGCAGGUAUGACUAUCAUGACUUUAGAACUCUAUGGCAAGGACCAUGUUCUUGUAGGACAAUUCAAAAAACCUUUCUCUUUACCCUAUCGUUCUAAUGAGGUCCGAACGAUCAGCAAUAUUCUUUUUGCACCGUUGUAUAUAAUUGGUAAAAUGAAAGAGGAAAUACCAUUGGAAAUUGAAAUGGCAUCUAAUUUCCAGUUUGAUACGGUUCAACCAAUCUUGGAGGGUCGCGUUAUUUUAGAAUCCAAGCGCUAUUUAUGGUCAUCUUUAGCGCUAAAAAUUCAAACAACUCUAGGUGGAAUACACAGCAUUUUGUAUUACUAUCCACAACUUUCCUUCAUCAUCUGCGUUUGUACAGUAAUACUCCUUAUGAACUUGGUGUAUGUUGCCCUUGCAAUUUUAUAUAUUUUUCGUGAGUUUUCCAAUAAACCAGAAACUGUUGAAGUCCCUAAACCCGAAGAUGAACUGAAAUUUGAGCAGUUGGUUGGAGAAAUUAAACCGGAAGACAUUUCAUUCUGAAACUACCAUAAACCUCUGUGAAUAUCAACUGUCUUUCAUGUACGGUUUUUAAUUUAAUAAUCCAUUACUACUGUCAGAACUCUUAAACUUUCAUCCCAUAUUUUUAAUGAUUUUG